AUGCGUCGGGGAAGGAGGAGCUUAAGGGGAAGGGGUCAAGAGCGCAGUGCUGAUACUGAAUGCCGUAAGACUGGACCAGACAGUCAGGGAAAUAAAACUGCCGGAGACGAGGGUAAUGUGGGACCUGUCUUUGAGGAAGAGAUGAGACAGCUUGGGGUAGAUAAAAACGGGGGCGAAUACGCUGCUUGGCAGCCAUGGCGUUUCGUUCGGUCAAAUGACUUUCACGAGGUGUCAUUCUUCUUGUUACUGGCAAACAAACUGUUAGAAAUGAUACAGAGAACCAUUUAA